GUCGGUGGUUGAACGACCAAUUGUUAUAGACGGACAUCUCGUGUACUAAGAGGAAGAUCAUUAAGAUGAAAGUCUUCGUCUUCAUUUUGUUGACUUCACCGUAUGUCGCGAGGUCUCUCUACCUUGGAGGUCAUGUUUGUCAAAAUAUAUGGGAUAGUGCUAAAAACAAUCUGCUGCUUCCUGGAGAAUUAGCUGUUAAUGAGGGAAAUUACCAAAACGCGUUGUUCAUGUUGGUGAAAGGAGGAGGAUCCCGAGGAGAUCAAAAACUUCAAAGUGACGUCUUUACCAGCUUCCAUGAUUUAUUAGUUGACUUUCAAGCUCCCCCCCCGAGUUUUGAUCAGCACCAUAUAAAUGCCUUCAUCACCGCAGUAACCCAACCAGGCGGACCCGGGGAAGCGGCAUUCAACUACUUGAAAACUCAAGCGAACGCACUUCCUCAUGGCGUGUAUACUACCAUGCCACAGUUUAGACAUCUCUUAAAACAAAUGUGGUUCUUGAACAGCCACGGCUUUAAACAUGUUUUUAUUGGAAAUAAAUUUCCAGCUUCCAACGAAUACAACGGAUUUCACAACUGGUACCAGUUCUACACGGAAGAAGUUAGAGGCAAAACAGGGAUAAUCUGUCUACCGAAUGUCGAGGCGAACAAACGGCCUUAUUUCCUGAGUGAUCUCUUGUUCACAUGGAGAGGGGCAAAAAAAGCCAACCCGAGCAGCAUGUUUGUUGGAACAAGCCCAGCGUUUGAUUUGGCCUUGUUCACCACUUGCUUCCUUAAAGGACGCGGAGAUGACGGAGGGGGAUUUCCGAAUGGACCGCCAAUAUCAACCUACUGUCAGUGCGAUAUAGAUACGCCUGGGAUCGGAACGAGCAGAGUAGAGGUUACAACCGUCGAGAACAGUAAUGGCAAGGUCGUCACAGCCUAUCCAACAGCUGUUUAUUAGAGAUAAAUGGCAUUUGAGGAUGAUGAAAGUUGUCAGGGUCAUUGUAAACCAAACAUCAUAUAAGGCCAGUGUAGUCCGGUCUAAGCUCUUUGUCAUUGGAACCGAGCGAUAGUGAGGGCCAACGACAUCUUUCGGUUGCCUUCCGCCAUUUUUUCCUCCCGCUUUUGUCUUCUCUCUUCCAGUCAAAGGAGAACCUGGAACAGGCUACACAAAGGCUAUUCAUGAUUUAAAACCUCAAACCAAACGGUAAUGAAAUAAAAUCAAAGGUC